AUGCCAGCAAAGCAGAAGAAUCCCACCUCUAAACAACAGGCCAAUUUCUCCAACCAAUCUGCAAAAACGUUUAAGCAACAGAGGGAGGAGGAGAAGAAGACAUCUGAAGCUAGUGGAAAUACACGAGCAUGGAACACUUUGUUCAUGCGCCCUGAUACAUGGCAUGAAAAUGGUGUACGUCUAAAGGUUAAGGAUGACUCUAGUACUUUGACAAGAUCUCAAAGAUAUAGGGCAUUAGAAGAGUUGGACAAUUCAAUUUUUCAAGGCAGAUUAUUGCAUGUUAUGCCAGCAAAGCAGAAGAAUCCCACCUCUAAACAACAGGCCAAUUUCUCCAACCAAUCUGCAAAAACGUUUAAGCAACAGAGGGAGGAGGAGAAGAAGACAUCUGAAGCUAGUGGAAAUACACGAGCAUGGAACACUUUGUUCAUGCGCCCUGAUACAGAAGGUGGAAAGAAGAGGGAGAACAUAAAGAGGAAGAGGAGAAUGAGAAAAAAAGGGGUGGGCUANUCAUCAACCGCAACUGAAGCAAGUUCGGCUUAUUUAGUGCGCCUCAUCAUUGAGGACUUAUCUAGCACAUCUUUAAUUUCCACACCAUCUUGA